GAUGCAGCCCCCAAGUUCUUACAGUCAGUGUUAGUACGGAAGCGUAAAGCUCCGCCUAAUGGAUGUGACAGGCCCAACUCCGGGAUGAUGAUUGGUUUUUACAUGUUGUAUCGGCUUUGCUAUACCGGGUCGUGUUGGCGCGAAAGGCUAGGAAGGUGUUCGGUUAACAAAGACUGGGCUUCUCUUUAGAUAAUUGUGUACCAAAGGAAAACGUGUGAAUUGUGGAGGAACGUUAUUUUGUUAGUGGUAACUUGGCAGCGAUGGCAGACAAAGAAGCAGCCUUUGAUGAUGCUGUAGAGGAACGUGUGAUAAAUGAAGAGUAUAAAAUUUGGAAGAAAAAUACACCAUUUCUAUAUGACUUGGUUAUGACCCAUGCACUUGAGUGGCCCAGUCUUACUGCACAGUGGCUGCCUGAUGUCACAAGGCCUGAAGGCAAGGACUUCAGUAUCCACCGACUUGUUCUUGGAACUCACACAUCCGAUGAACAAAACCAUUUAGUAAUUGCCAGUGUCCAGUUGCCCAAUGACGAUGCCCAGUUUGAUGCUUCUCACUAUGACAGUGAAAAAGGAGAAUUUGGUGGAUUUGGUUCAGUGAGUGGCAAAAUUGAGAUAGAAAUCAAAAUAAACCAUGAAGGCGAAGUGAACAGAGCACGCUACAUGCCACAGAACCCAUGUAUUAUUGCCACAAAGACUCCUUCAAGUGAUGUUCUGGUCUUUGAUUACACCAAGCAUCCUUCUAAGCCAGACCCAUCUGGGGAAUGUAACCCGGACUUGCGUCUGCGAGGGCAUCAGAAAGAAGGGUAUGGUCUGUCAUGGAAUCCAAAUCUGAGUGGCCACCUGCUUAGUGCUUCAGAUGAUCACGUAAUCUGUCACUGGAUUCGUUCUGCAUUACACAACGAGGGUAAGGUGGUGUAACUAAAGAAUAUCUUUACAGAUCAUACAAAUGCAAAAAAGGAUGUAGAAUGGCACAUGGCCCACAACAGCCUAUUUGGGGAAAUAGAAAAUGAACAAAAGUUACAGUGCUGGGACACCAGGUCAAACAACACCUCAAAGCCAAGCCAUUCUGUUGAUGCUCAUACCGCUGAAGUGAACUGCCUCUCCUUUAACCCUUACAGUGAGUUUAUUCUGGCAACAGGAUCAGCUGACAAGACUGUAGCACUUUGGGAUCUGAGAAACCUUAAACUGAAGCUGCAUUCAUUUGAGUCUCACAAGGAUGAAAUAUUCCAGGUACAGUGGUCUCCUCACAAUGAAACUAUUUUGGCAUCUAGUGGCACAGAUCGCAGACUGAAUGUGUGGGAUCUAAGCAAAAUUGGAGAGGAGCAGUCUCCUGAGGAUGCAGAAGAUGGCCCACCCGAACUAUUGUUUAUCCAUGGUGGACAUACAGCAAAGAUUUCCGAUUUCUCUUGGAACCCCAAUGAACCGUGGGUCAUCUGUUCUGUAUCGGAAGACAAUAUCAUGCAGGUGUGGCAGAUGGCAGAAAAUAUUUAUAAUGAUGAAGAUCCAGAGGGCGCUACAGAUCCAGAAGGACAAGUAUCCUAAACAUUGGAAUUCCUUUUCUUCCCAUUUCCUCAUAAUCAGGACUCUACCAUCCUUUUGUUAUGGACUACAAUUGUUUUCAGACUACAUCAGCUGAGCGUCUGAAGUGGUUGCCUGUGAAACUUUUGAAUGAAUUUUUAUGGAUUGUAUUAGUUUUGAGCUGAUUACCAUGGCAGCAAUGUUUGCUGGAAGCAACUUUGCCAUACCAAGAUUUACUAGCCAAGUCACCAAGAAACCACUCAGUUAAGGUAGUCAAGAUAACCUGUGGAGAAGCUUUUAUAUUGGUUUGAAGAAAUUUGUGCAGCCAAAUUUGAUCAGUACAGAAUUCCACAUUUCUCAGCAUUGUGAUGGGACCAAUCGCAUGUGCAUUUUAUGUUGGACGGAAAUUUAAAACUGCAUUGUUGCUUAGCAUGCUGAGAUGGAUUAUUUGACUACCACAGUCGAGAGGAAUGUGUAUGUAAAUCUGUCUUGUCCUUCCAUGCUGCAUCAUUUGGAUUAGCUCCUUUACACAGCAUAAAUGUAAUAAAGAAGCAUCACUCGCAUGUCAUAAGCCUGUUAUAAGUGCCAGUUGUUCAGGACAGUCGGGUGUACUGUUGCCAUGCUAUGCUGAUCAUAGUGCUUACCAGUGGGGAACAGUAACUGUUACAGUACAGUACAUCAAGACUGAGCAGCAGUUGUUACAGUACAGUACAUCGACUGAGCAGCAGUUGUUACAGUACAGUACAUCAAGACUGAGCAGCAGUUGUUACAGUACAUCAAGACUGAGCAGCAGUUGUUACAGUACAGUACAUCAAGACUGAGCAGCAGUUGUUACAGUACAUCAAGACUGAGCAGCAGUUGUUACAGUACAGUACAUCAAGACUGAGCAGCAGUUGGAUGAUGGAUACUGUCUUUGUUUAGGAGGAGACUGAUGUAGAGCUGCUGCCGCUGGACAUGGCAAAAUGUAUUCUUGUACAGUGGCUGCGUAUUGCUUUCUCUUAUUUCGUAUUGGCUGCCACUCAUAUUUAUUUGUGGGUGAGGUGCCAUGUCUACAUACUGUACCAAUUUGUUGUGUUCUGUUUUUAAGAGAGUAGCAUUUAGUAAAUAAAAUAAAAUGGUCAGUGAGCACCAAAAUAACCAGCA